GUUUCUCAUUCAGAUUUUAACAAGUGAAUCUAUUAGAAGCAGCCCUCUGGGAUGUCACUUUAGACAGGUGUCCCUUACGAGUGCCGCAGUUCUGUAUUGGCGGGGAAGGGAGGCUCCCCAUCCAACUUGACUUGUGUGCAAACCUGGGUGCGCUCGUGCAGUCAAGCUCGAGACAGAAGAAUCUCCUACCGUUAUUGGUAUUCCGCGGACAUGGCUGUUGAUGUUACGCCUUCUCCCACGACGUCUUCUCGCUUGAAUCGCACUUAACAUAAGGAACGGAUACAGUAGGCGACACAUACUCAAGUAUUUCGUUUCCAUUUUAUUUUAAUUCAGUCAACACUUUUCUAGUAACUUCAGGAGAACUAGCUAACGUUAAUGGCUCAGCGACUGUUCAGAAGAUCGUGUUUAGAUGAUUUGCAAGCGAGCAAACGAGAGAGGUAACGUUAGCUUGCCAGCUAGUCCGGGUAAUACUCAGCAUAGACGCUUUCUGUGAGAAAUAACAUCGCUAGCUACUGUUACAUGAAGGAAAGUUCAAUGUUUUAGCUAACACUCAAACCGUGGGUGUGAGCAAAAGGGUAAAGGAGAAUGGCUUCAAAAGAAAGGCUCUACGAACUGUGGAUGUUGUAUUACACCAAGAAAGAUGUGGGUUAUCUGCAGCAGUGGCUGGAGGCGUUUGUGGCUUCUUUCGAGAAGCUUAUCGAGGUGCAGUCAUUGGAGCCUAGACGGCCGGAGGACUGCUGCUCAGAGGUCCCUCUCCUCCCCCGGGAGGUCCUGGUGCUGCUCAGCACCCAGCUUUGGCACAGCGCCCUCCAUCUGUCGGGGCAGGAGCAGAACAGCAGCAUCCCUCACCCCCUGCUGCUCAUCAAGUUCUUCAUCAUCAUCUGCAGGAACAUGGAGAACAUUGACCCUGACAAAACCCCCGGCUUUGUGUUUGAGACCAUCAAGCUUUUGUCUUUCUGUCUGACGCAGCUCAAGGAGCAGCCAGAAGAUAAGCAGUCAUUACAAGCAGUGGUGCACCAUGGGCUGCUGUUGUGUGAGAGCCUGUUUGACCCCUACCAGACGUGGAGGAGACGCCUGGCUGGGGAGGAGGUCACCCCACUGGAGAGGAGCAAGUAUAAGUUCUCCCCUCUGCCCCUGCCCGAGGAGCUCCCUGCACUCCUCCACGAGAGCUUGCAUGACAGCACGCGGCUCCCUGAAGUGCUCAUCAUGCGCCUGGUGCAUCUGCAGGGGGCCAUCAUCAGCGGCAGCCAGAAGAACGGUCUGUCCUGCAUCACGUCGCUGGCUGUAAGGGACCUCAUGGCCGUGAUGCAGGCCUGGUGCUGCCGGGACUCCUCCCAACCCAAGGACCCCCAGGUGCUGCGGCUGACCCUUCAGUGCCUGACUGCAAUGGUGCACCUGCUGCACUCCAGCAGCCCCUCCCAGCGGCAGGUGGACAUCAGGAAUGUGCUGGAAGGCUACUUCCGGGUCCUGAACUGGAACCGGCUCCCAGGGGAGGGCGAGGGAGACGGGCAGGGAUGGGAGGACAGUCUGGUCACCCUGCAGGCCCACAUGUUGAACGCCGUGCCGGAGAUUCUCCAGUGCUCGGACCGCCCCGCCCUGCAGGCCAUCUUCCUCAACAACAACUGCUACGAGCACAUCCUGCGGCUGAUCCAGAACAGCAAGCUCUAUCAGAGUGGCAGGAGUAGGCCGGAGCGUGAGGGUGCGUGUGACCUCACCACAUGCUUACUCACUGAGAUCGAAGUGGACCAGGUGUGGGAACGAGGGUCAGACUCCAUUACAGUCCACGCCCUCAGCGUCCUCACGGCUAUCAUGAGCAACUCCCCCUCCGCCAAGGAGGUUUUCAAGGAGAGGAUUGGUUAUUCCCACCUGUUUGACGUGCUGAAAAGCCAGGGUCAGCCAACCAAACGGCUUCUGCAGGAGCUGAUGAACAUGGCAGUGGAGGGGCCUCACUCUCACGGCGGGGCCCUGGGGAUCGGUAACGACCAGCCGCUGCUCCUGCUGCUGCAGUGGCUCCCGGAGCUGGCCUCCAGGGAGCUGCAGCUGCUGGUGUCGCAGUGGCUGGCGGGCGUGUGCGGCGGCUCGCUGGCCUGCCGGACGGUGGCCGUGGAGGCGGGGCUGGUGGGCGCGCUGCUGAAGGUGCUGGCGGACCCGGCGGCGCUGGACCGGCAGAGCGCCGACGCCCUGCUGGGGCUCCUGCAGGACCUGGGCUCGCUGUCCCUGCGGCCCGAGGAGCUGAAGGGCCUGCUGCGGCUGCUGCGGGCCGAGCAGGGCGCGCACCCCUACUGCGCCCGCAUGGUGCGCGUGCUGUCCGCCAUGGCCGCCCGCGAGGGCCGCAGCAGCGCCCUGCAGUACUUCGACCUCACGCCCCCCAUGGCCGGCAUCAUGGUGCCCACCGUCCAGCGCUGGCCCGGCAGCGGCUUCGCCUUCCACGCCUGGCUCUGCCUCAACGCCGACUUCCUGCCCAGCGAGCUGGCCCUCCCCACCACACCCACCACACCCAGCACCCCCACGCCCCCCUCCAGCCCCUGUCUGCCCAAAGGCCUGCGCAGGAGACAGCUGUACAGCUUCUUCACGGACAGCGGCACCGGGUUCGAGGCGUUCUUCACCGCGGAGGGGGUGCUGGUGGUGGCCGUGUGCACUAGGAAGGAAUACAUGGCAGUCAGCCUUGCGGAACAUCCUUUGACAGACUGUGCCUGGCACUCGGUGGGCGUCGUCCACAUUCCCGGGCGCCGCCCUUUCGGCCAGAACCUGGUCACUAUAUACGUGGACGGAGAGCAGCGCGUGACGGCCCAGCUGCGCUUCCCCUCCUUCAACGAGCCUUUCACUUCCUGCUGCAUCGGGCUGGCAGGCCAGCGCACCACCACCACCACCACCACCACCCCCACCCUGCUGCUCCCCCCCCAGAGUCCCACGGAGCAGGACUUCCCCGCCCACGCCGCCCCCCUCACCCGCUCGCAGUCUUUCCCCGCCUCCUUCGCUGCCGGCCGCUGGGGCGGCCCCACCCUCCCCUCCUCCCGCGAUGCCCCCGUGCAGACCAUCCCCGCCGGGCUGCAGGACACCAAGUGGGGCACCCCCACCUCGCUGGAGGGGCUGCUGGGGACCACCUUCAUCUGCCACGAGGCCCUGCAGCCGGCUCAGACCCGGACCCUGUACGGCGCAGGCCCCAACCACGUGCCCCUCUUCAAACCAGACGGAGAGCCGUCCGACCUCAACAGCAGGCUGCUGUUGUACUACACUCCUCAGGCCUUUAAGAAUCAGAUCUGCCUGGACCUGGCUCCUAACCACCUGUAUGAUGGGAGACUCACUGGACACAGAGUGGUCAACUGGGACAUCAAAGACGUCCUGAACUCCGUGGGCGGGAUGGGGGUGCUGCUGCCCCUGCUGGAGCAGCUGUGUGCAGCGGAGCAGGUGGAGCCCCGGAGCCAGGAGACGGCCGACCUGUUGGGGCCAGAGCUCACCUCAUCCAGGGGCCCCGCGGGCAUGCUGCUGCCCCUGGGAAGGUCCUCCGAGGGACGUCUGGAGAAGAACAGUGUGGCAGCCUUCCUGCUGAUGGUGAAGAACCUGCUGAGGCAUCAUCCCGUCAACCAGGAGAGCCUGCUGCACUGCCACGGGCCCACCAUUAUCGGACACAUGCUCAGCAAGGUGCCCAGCUCCAUGAUGGACAUGAGUGUGCUGAUGGCGUGUCAGUGCCUGCUGGAGCAGGUGUCCAGUGAGGGGAACAGCUCGCUGCUCUCCCAGCUGCACCAGCACCUGCUCUUUGACUUCCGCAUCUGGAGCAGCUGCCACUUCGCCGUGUGCCUCAGCCAUGUGCAGAACCUGACUGCUGCCAUCAAGGAGAAGCAGCGCAGCCGCAGGAAGUACGGAGUGCAGUACAUCCUGGACUCCAUCCGCACGCAUUACAGUGUGGAGAAAGACGGCAGUCCUCUCUCAGAAGAACUGCAGACAGUGCAGACCUCUCUCUUCUUGCUGCUCAAGGACUUCCUGCUGAAGCCCCUGUCGCCUGAGGAGCUGCAGAGUUUACUGGCCUACACCAUCACUGUGGGGGAAGAGCGACAGGUGCUGAAGGCGCUGGAAAUCCUGCACAGUCUCCUGCGCAGCAGUCCCCCGCGGGAGCAGGUGGUCACGGUGCUGCUGGACUGGGGCGUGGAGCAGCUCUACUGCCUGCUCUUCAAGAGCAGCUUCGGGGACGAGGUCCGGGAGUGGGUGUUCCGGAUCCUCUACAAGGUGCUGAAGAGCGAGGGGGUGUCGGAGAAGAGCAAGCAGCGCGUCAAGCUGAGGGACUCCGGCUACCUGGGGCUGGUGUGUUUCCUAGGAGACAUCCCCGCCACCUCGACUACCAUACGCAGCCUCUUUGAGCAGAUCCUCGCAACAGAGCCGAUCCUGAAUUCGCGGGACCUGCUGGCUGUGGCGUACCUGUCCCACCGCGCAGAGCUGGCUGUGCGUCUGGACAUCUGCCGCAAGCUCUUCCACCUGAUCCACUUUGGAGGGGACAAUGUGAAGCAGCUGGCCCGACAGCCUGGCUGGCAGGACAUCUUGACCAAGCUGUAUGUGAAGGAGUCCUACAGGUCCCACGGCAACAGCCAAUCAGAAUUCAGCCCUCUCAACUCCCUGGAUCUGCCUCCGUCGCGGCCCCCGCUCAAGAGACAGGACAGCAUUCUGCUGGAGGAGGGAUACAGGGAGAUCUUCCAGCCCUACUCCUCACAGGAAGAGGAAGAGGAGGACUUUAAGUCCAUUGAUUCAACAGAGCAGGGAAGCCACUCGUCAUCCCUGUCCAACGCAGUGGACAUCCCCAUGACCCCCCGUGAGGAUGAGGGAAUGUACUACCCCCUCUCCCCCUUUGAGCUGGACGUCAGUGGGAUGGGCCAACCGGGGUCCGCCCCCGGCAACCACACUGGCAGCCAGUCGGACACGCCCUCCCCUCUGGAUUCCAUGCGCCCCUUCCCUGGGAUUCGCACCAGAAAGAGCUCCAGCCUGUCCAAUGUGCUGAGUGACACCAGCUACGGCACAGACCCGCCCCCUGGAGACAACAUCUCCAACACGUCCAACCCCCAGCAGGCCCCGGAGGAGGAGCUGUGUAACGUGCUGACCAACAUCGUGUUCUCGGUGAUGUGGAGCGGCGCGGAGGGCAGCGAGGACGCCGUGUGGCGGGAGCGGGGGCAGGUCUUCUCUGUGCUCACCAAGCUGGGCUCCUCCUGCCAGCUGGUCCGCCCGCCGGACGACAUCAAACGCAGCCUGCUGGAGAUGAUGCUGGAGUCCUCGCUGUCCGACCUGCGGGACUCCCAGGGGGCCUUGCAGUCGCACUGCCCCAGCCUGGUGCGCCUCCUGCGCCUGCUGCAGGACUUCCUGUUUGCGGAGGGCACGGACAACCAGGCCCUGUGGAGCGAGAAGAUCUUUGAGGGGGUGGUAAACCUCUUGGACAGACUGCAGGCAUGGAACAGCAGCCCUGGCACCUCUAAUGUCCCUGAGCUGAGAGAGAUGGCUCAGGUGGGCCUGCGCAUCAUCACCGGGUACAUCCAGAAGCAGCACUCACAGGUCUGUGUGAUGGCCUGUGUGAAGCUGCACAGUUUGCUGCAGACCGUCCUGUGCCUGGGCUGGGACGAGGUCUGCUUCCUGCUGGGCCGGCUCGGCGCCCCCCUGUGGCCGGGCAAGGACGGCGCGGUCACGCUGGCCAACUCGGAGGUGUUCUACCAGCUGGUGCCCAUCGUGCGCACGCUGCUGGACCAGCACGCUGACCUGGGCACCCUGCAGAGCCUGCUGCCCAGCCUGCCCCGCACCAACGGCAGCGCCACCUUCGCCCAGGACCUGCAGGGCUACUGCAGGACGCAGGAGUGGCAGGACUUCUACAGGCUGCACGUCGAGCCCACUAUGCACCAGUUUGAGCUGGACACGUUUGGGAAGAGUCAUGACCUCAUGUCCAACUUCUGGAACUCCUGUUUCGAUGACCUAAUGAGCACAGCCCAGCGCCGGGACAAAGACCGGGUCGAGUGCAAGGCCAAGUUCCAGGAGAUGGUAAUGGAUCCCUACCUGAAGCGGGUGCGCAGUGAGAACAGCCGUUACCACAGUGUGCUGAAGCAGAGCAGCAGCCAGCAGGGGGUGGUGUCGCGCCACUGGAAGUCCCUGCACAGGCUGCUGAGCAGUGAGAGAGGGGCCUGGGCACACAGGAUACCGCCUGAAGUGAAGUGGAAGCUGUCCAGUGCAGAGACUUACUCCAAGAUGCGGCUCAAACUUGUACCCAAUUACAGUUACGACCCUCACAUUGAGGCCAGCGCACUGAGGGACAACAUGGGAGCCGAUGGCCCCCACAGCCCCACUGAAGCCCUCCCCUUGGCCGUCGCCAAGGAAGCCAAGGUGAGCGACAUGGAGGAUGACCAGCUCGGCGAUGAGGACAUCAUGUUCUUGGACAAACAGGUGGAAGGGGAGGAGGAGAGUCAGAAAGAGAAGCUGGUCCUGUCAGAGGACUGCGAGCUCAUCACCAUCGUGGCAGUGGUUCCGGGUCGUCUGGAGGUCACCACUCACCACCUCUACUUCUAUGACGGCAGCAAUGAGAAAGAGGAGACCGAGGAAGGAAUUGGAUUUGAUUUCAAACGACCCCUCUCUCAGCUCAGAGAGGUUCACCUGAGACGCUACAACCUGCGCAGGUCAGCUCUGGAGCUGUUCUUCAUCGACCAGGCCCAUUACUUCAUCAACUUCAGGAAGAAGGUCCGGAACAAAGUGUACUCGCGGAUCCUGGGCCUGCGGCCCCCCAACCUCUUCUACUUCGGCUCCCGGUCCCCCCAGGAGCUGCUGAAGGCCUCUGGCCUCACCCAGAAAUGGGUGUACAGAGAGAUCUCUAAUUUUGAGUACCUGAUGCAGCUCAACACCAUUGCAGGACGCACCUACAAUGACCUGUCCCAGUACCCUGUGUUCCCCUGGGUGCUGUGCGACUACACCUCGCCCACUCUGGACCUGGAUGAUCCUGCUGUGUUCAGGGACCUGUCCAAGCCCAUCGGAGUGGUCAACUCCCGCUUCGCCCAGAGCGUCCGAGAGAAGUACGAGAGCUUUGAGGAUCCCACGGGCACCAUCGACAAGUUCCACUACGGCACACACUACUCCAAUGCCGCGGGAGUCAUGCACUACAUGAUCCGCUCCGAGCCCUUCACCUCGCUGCACAUCCAGCUGCAGAGCGGCAGGUUUGACUGCGCGGAUCGGCAGUUCCACUCUGUGGCCGCGGCUUGGCAGGCGCGGAUGGAAAGUCCGGCUGACGUGAAGGAGCUGAUCCCAGAGUUUUUCUACUUCCCAGAAUUCCUGGAGAACAUGAACGGGUUCGACCUGGGAAGUCUGCAGAUGUCCCAGGAGCCUGUAACAGAUGUUGUGUUGCCCCUGUGGGCGGAGUCUCGUGACGACUUCAUCAGGAAGCACAGGAAAGCUCUGGAAAGUGAGCAUGUCUCCUCCCACCUGCACCAGUGGAUCGAUCUGAUUUUCGGUUAUAAGCAGCGAGGCCCUGAGGCUGUGGAGGCGCUCAACGUGUUCUACUACUGCACCUAUGAGGGUGCAGUGGACCUGGAUGCCAUCGCCAAUGAGACGGAGCGCAAAGCCCUGGAGGGCAUCAUCAGCAACUUCGGCCAGACGCCCUGCCAGCUGCUCAAGGAGCCACACCCGCCCCGCAUGUCGGCCGAGAGCGCUGCUCGCCGCCUGGCCCGCAUGGACACCCUGCCGCCCAACCUGUUUGAGCAACUCGGCAAACUCAAGGCCUUCAUGGAGGUGGUGAGUGACGGGGUGCCCCUGGUCCAGGCCGUGGUCCCCAGGAGCCAGACCCACUCCUUCAUCAUCCCGGGCUCAGACGUGCUGGUGACUGUAGGUGCCACAGGACUGCUGGGAACCCACAGCUGGCUGCCCCACAAUAAGAAAAUCGCCAACUACUACAGCUUCACCAAGGACCCCACCGUGUCCAACCCGAAAACACAGCGGUUCGUGAGCGGGCCCUUCUCCCCUGGGGUGGCCCUGGGGCCGCGGGUGCUGGUGGUGUCCAAUGACGGACGGCUGCUCUUCAGCGGGGGGCACUGGGACUGCAGCCUGCGGGUCACUGUGCUGGGCAAGGGCAAACUGGUGGGCAGGAUCUGCCGCCACAUAGAUGUGGUCACCUGCCUGGCUCUGGAUCUGUGCGGUAUCUACCUCAUCUCUGGCUCCCGGGACACUACCUGCAUUGUGUGGCAGGUCUUACAGCAGGGUGGCUUCUGCAGUGGCCUCUCCCCUCGGCCAGUGCAGGUUCUCUGCGGACAUGACCAGGAGGUCACCUGUGUGGCCAUCAGCACUGAGCUGGACAUGGCUGUGUCAGGGUCAAAGGACGGGACGCUGAUUCUGCACAGCGUGCGGCGAGGCCAGUUUCUGCGCACUCUGCGGCCGGUCAGUGAGGUGGGCGCGGCGGUCAGGGUGACGGAGCUGGCGGUGGGCCUGGAGGGCCACAUCAUAGCCCAGACCGCUGUGGAGGGCCGCUCUCCUGGGCAGGAGAAGUACUGUCUCCACCUGUAUUCGGUGAAUGGACGGCUGCUGGCCUCCAUGCCUCUGGAUGAGCACGUUACAGCCCUCUACAUGGUGCCACAGUACGCCGUCAUGGGCACCUCCAAGGGCAGCCUGCACAUUCGAGACCUGUACAGCUUGAGCCUUGCAGCAGCUCCGCUGGCCUUGAAGGUCCCUGUGUGCAGUGUGUCUGUUACCAAGAUGAGCAGCCACAUCCUGGUGGGCCUGGAGGACGGGAAGCUCAUCGUCGUGGGGGCGGGACAGCCUGCGGAGGUGCGCUCUGGCCACAGACUGUGGCGCUCCGCUAGCAGGAUCUCCCAGCUGUCUUCAGAGAGCGAGUACAACCCCACGGAGACCUCCGGCCAGUGAAGUCUGCCCCUGCGCUCUGACCCGAGACGCCCAGCGCAGACGGGGAGAUGUGGGCAGGGUUUGAAGGGGUAACCAAGGAGAUGUCUCACUGAGGAGACACCUGGAAGCAGAGCUUCGGCUGCCCCUCCCAGCCUCAUGACUGUCUGCGAGAUUCUCUCCUUCCCCCCCAGAGGGGACAAGAGAAUUCACAUUCAUUGGGAAAAUUUCUCUUACGGUGCACUUGUUUCUAUGAAAAGGGAAGUGAAAGUUACAUGUAUUCUUAAAAAUUGCUUUUAUUUGCCGUUCUUUUUAUAAAAAAGAAAUCAUUCCAAAGACUUUUGACUGCCGCAAAAACUGUCAUGCUGUGUGUUUGCGUACACACGUGCGUGUAUUUGUGAAUGUACUCGGUGGAUUAAUCCACUCAAAAACACAAUGCAGUUUAAAAUGAGGGUUCUGAAGCAGUGGCAGUGUUAGGCUUUGAUUCUCUUUUAUGCAGUGAGCCACAUAUUUAUCCACAUAGGAUUUUAAAGGCACAUCCUUCUCUCACAGAUUGCAGGGAAUAGUGAUGAGCCUGUCGUGGUAUAAAGAUGAGCCUAUUGAGGUUUUUUCUUUCUGCUCUGUUGAUUUGUUCUUUUAACCAGCGCCUUCUUUUAAAAAAAAAAAAAAAAAAAAACUAUCAUCCUGUUGAUCCUUGCCUAGCAGUGCCAUACUGGUGCCUCAACAGAACUCUUGCUGAAACUUGAAAACUUUGAGCCUGCUGUGCUGCAGUACCGGUGCGUUCCAGAAGAGGCGCACCGUGGUACACCUGAAUGAGUGGGGUUUCGUCCUGUGUGCAGUGUGAAUACUGGGAAAUGCCACUAAGCAAUAUUGAUUGUGACUGAGAUGUCAGUUAUGAAAGGCCCGUUUUCAGGCUUGGAAGUGUACAUGUCUGCCUAGAUUUAGUGGUUAUCAGAGCUUUGGAAGGGAAGUUUGCAAUUGUGAUUCUAGUCCAGAGAAGUUCCUUCAAGCUUGAAGUCCACUGAUUUUAGCACAUGCAUUUAAAUGAACCAGAAUUUCUCCUUUGUGUCCUUGUGAUCAGAAAUGCAUCUGUUCACUUUAAAUGAGCUGAUCUGCACCACUGUUCUGCACACCCGUUGUAAACAAAGACCCAGGUUCCAUCAACCCUUGCUUAAUUUAAAAGCACAUAUCACUUGAAAAGUGCCUUUUGUUCUUGAGGGAAAAUGUCACCUUACAUUGAAUAGCACACUGAAUUGUAGAAUGUAGAGCACAUUCAGACACAGUUUUGGGAUCAGCCUGUGUGUGUCCGUGUGUGUGUGCGUGUGUGUGUGCGUAUGUGUGUGUGUGUGCGCAUGCUGUCCUUCCUCUCUCCUGUUUCUCUGUUUGCAUAGCCUCCUUCAUCAUCAUUUUUUUCCUUUCUCAUUCAAGUCGCUUACAGAGUCACUGACAAAGAAAUCAACCAACAAGUAUAUUUGUUAUGCAGUGUAAAUGUGAGGUUUGGUCCUUGACCUGUAUAGUCAAAUGUAAAUGUGUAUGUUUGUACAUACGAGUGUGUGUGUGUGUGUGUGUGCGUGCACACUGCACGUACUUACGUGUGCGCACACUUUUAUGAGGAGUGUGUGGUAGGGCUUUUAAAGGCAGAGACACCGUAUGUAAAUAGGAAAUGGGUGUACAGGGGAGUCAGAAGGGAGGGCUGUCUGACGGAGUUUAGCAGCUGACCUCAGUGCUCCCCAUCACUGUGGACCAGCUGCCUGAUGGAGGGUCGAGGGUUUGUCAUUGCAAUCAAUCAAUCAGUCAGUUUCUUUUUCAAUUUGAGGAUCAUUUAGGGGAAAAAGGCCCUCACUCAUACUUAAGAUUUUUUGUGAAAUUAUAGUGUGUGUUCAUGUAUUUUUUGGACUGAUAUUGGAUUUUUUUCUUCUUCUUAUUGACCUUAUAUAUUUUGUUUUAGAGUUUGUUUGAUUUCCUGAAGUAUGUACUUAAGCACUGAAAUUCUUUGAAACGGUGUGCCUGGGAAGCACAAAGGGUACCCAGAUGGCUCAGUCUAAGUGGGUGAGCUCACUUCCUGUCCAAACUGCUCGUGUGAUAGUAAGCCUCCUUUAGUGUGUAUACUCUUAUUGCAAGAGGAGAAGAGCUGAAUGGGAAUAAACUGCUUCAGCUAAAGUCUUUCCCACUGAAUUGCCUCAGCGGUCCAAGCACAAGCUCUCUGGCUUGAUUGCUGUGGUCUGAAUCACGCAGUAAACCAGCAGGAGCUCUGUGUUUGAUUAGCAAGGCUUGGUUUGGAACAGUUCACGGAAGUUGCACAGUGGUUAUCUUCUAUUGUGCCUGGAACCCUUUGUACAGUACAGUCUUAAUUCCAGGUCUGGCUGAGCUGCAGUAACGCUGGCUCGUCUGCAGUAUACUGAACAGAUAAGCCUGGCUGGUUUGCAUAAUCACGUUUAUUUUUGCGUAUGUGUGUAUUUUGGAGCUACUCCCAUUACAGCUGGGAGACUUUAUCAUGAGAUGCACAGAGCCUUUAGAUGGGCUUGCCUGAUCCUAUGCAGUAAUGUCGGUUUGGCUGGGUUUGGAGAGAGCUUCCCAGUUAGUUCAGAAUGGUCAUCCCCGGCUGUCCUCACUACACUGUUCAGAGCCGUGGUACCCUUCAGCCCAGGACACUGCCGCUCCCCACACCGUAUCACUGUCCUGUACUCUGUAUCUGCCUGAGCAGCAUCUGCACUUGCACAGAACACAGUCCACUUUCCCCGGUGCCUUACGCUCACGUGCCACUGGCUAUUUCACUGUCUUCAGAUACUGCAACUUUGUGACAUUUAUUGUUCUUUUAAGACACUGAAUUACAAAAUAUAUUUCUAUUAAAGACUUUUUUCUAUCA